UGUGCGACGCGGGCAGCACAUGUUGGCGAACCGAACGCUGCGAGGCAGUACACCCACGAAGCGAUGCAGUUGAGUCUCUUGGAUGGCUGCUUGGGGCCAGGCAGUCCGGCUGUGGACAUUGUGCGAACGCUGCCAGGGCUUGCCCACGCAGGCAUUGGGCCCAGGGCCUGCCAGGCGGAGAUGGCCGCGCACGAUGCGGACUUCUCCCGGCGUUGGGCACGAGCCAUCGCUGGCCGCACUGCUGGCGGGCCUGCCCCGCCGUGCGUGGCCUGCCUGUUCCAUGCGGUCUUUCCGCAAGAGUUGCAGCAGCUGCGGGCCAUGGGGCGGACGUUCGCGCGGCACUGCUGCUGGUCAGAGGCAUAUGUGGCGGCCGAGGCGACCGUGAAGGAUCAGGAUGGGCUCCCGUACGACUUGGACGAAGUGGCGGGCAUUGGGGUCGUGAAUUUGCGGGGAGUGUUCCCCGACAUGGAGCCAGAUGGGGAGUUUGCUGGGGGCUGGGGCAACCAGUCGCAGGCACUGGACAAGACAUUCUUCGGCAAUACCAUUCAGAAGGACCUGCACAUGUUCCUGUUCAAUGCCGAAGUACGUAUGGACCAGGCGGAUGUGUUUUGUCGCUUUGAUUUGGAUUCGGUUUUCAUCAUAGAGAACUUGCUUGCCUACAUUGUGGCUGACAACAUCUCGAGGAACGAUGUGGUUUAUUUGGGCCUCCCGCUCGAGCGUGGGAAGGACACCUUCGGCGAGUACCCGUCCGGCGCUGCGGGGGUUUGCCUGACCCAAGCGGCGCUCAAAGUGCUGGCAGGUUACCUCCAGGCCAGAGCAGAUGACCGUCGGAAGUACCCCCCGGGCUACAUGAAGCAGCGAGACGCGGAGCUGUCCGAGAUUCAGCGGCAAGGUGAGUACCCAGCCGAAUUCUUCUACUCCCUCUCCUGCGACUUCUUUUUGGGUCAUUGGGACGACGUCGUCCUGGGCUCUUGCUUCCGCAGUGUCGGGAUUGCGUGCCAUGGGGGCUGCCGUGACCGCUUCGGCCGGGCGCUGUUCUCCUACGGGACGCUGCCGGUCCCGCUGCACAAUCCACGCCGCGUCCCAACCAACAGGUCGUACGCCUCGAGGCCGGAGGCUUAUUUCAAGACGGUGCGCGCCCACUGGUCGGCCGAGGGCUUCCUGCACCACUACCUCGCCUGCGAGCCGGUGCACCUGGCGAGCUCGCCCUCGUGGUGGGUGGUGCCCCACGUCGUGUCCUUCGGAGGGGCGCCGCUGAACAGCUACAGGAACCUCUCGUGGUUCCGCCGAUGCCUACUCUCUCAUCUAUGGGCCGAGGCGCAGGGGGCGCUCGGCCUCGAGGUCCGCCAGGGUGGCCGCCCGCUGGCUCGUCGAGGGGUACCAGCUGUCCGUCGCGGACAUCGUCGGCCCCCGGGCGCGGCCCUCGGGGUGGCAGGGAGUCUCGGAGGGAGCCGCGGGCCCCCCGGCCCCUGGGCUGGCCUCGGUGUUCGUCCGUAGGUGGAAGACGUCUGCUGCCGGCGGGACGAGAAUGGAGG